AUGGCCAGUUUGACAGAACAAACGUGGAAGGAGAAACUGUCUACCACCUUUGAGUCAGAAUCCUUCGCGAAGUUAGCCGCGUUUCUAGAGAUUGAAAGAAAGAUGGGGGCAACGAUCUAUCCGCCGAAAGAGGACAUAUUCUCAGCGCUCAACUUAUGUCCGUUCGACAAAAUCAAAGUUGUCAUUGUAGGACAAGAUCCGUACCACGGACCGGGCCAAGGCCAUGGUCUGGCUUUUUCCGUCCGUCGUGGCGUAAAGCCCCCUCCGUCGCUGCAAAAUGUUUUUCGCGAGGCCAUAGAUGACGUUGGUAUUGCUACUCCGAUGCACGGAAAUCUUGAGCAUUGGGCGAGACAAGGUGUUCUCCUUCUGAAUACAGUGUUGACCGUACGUCGUGGUGAAGCCAAUAGCCAUGCUGGACAAGGUUGGGAGCGCGUCACCGAUGCCAUCAUUCAUGUUGUCAACGCAAAAUCAGACGGAGUAGUGUUUUUGCUUUGGGGCAAUCCAGCGCAUAAGAAGGCAGCCAGUGUUGACUCGGCAAACCACUUCAUUAUUCGAAGCAGCCACCCCAGCCCUUUAGGGGCCACAAAAACGAAGUCGCCUUUUCUAGGAUCUCGCUGUUUCAGUCGAGCGAACGACGCCUUGAAGAAAAUGGGAAAGGAUCCGAUCGAUUGGAACGUCAAGUAG